AUAAUCUCCAUAACCAACCCAUUCUUUCUUUCUCAAAACUCACAUCAUCAUCAUCAUGCAUCAAGCAAUUCCUUACAUGUCACUUCACAAUAACUACAACUUUGGUAAUACUAUUGAAAAAUAUUACUAUAGCAAGAAGAAGAAGGAGGAGAAGGAGGAGAAGGAGAAUAAUUCUUCUAUGCUGAAAGUGGUUUCUGAGAACGCUGUGAUAGUCAUUGGAAGACACGGUUGCUGCAUGACUCAUGUGGUGAAACGUCUUCUACAGAGUCUAGGUGUUAACCCUGGGAUUCAUGAGGUGGAGGAAGAGAAAGAUGAAGUGUGCGUUGCAAAAGAAUUGGAAUCCAUGAUUGAAGGGAAAGAUAAUGUGCAGUUUCCAAUGGUGUUUAUAGGUGGUAAGUUGUUUGGUGGAUUGGAUCGUGUUAUGGCUACUCAUAUUUCUGGUGAAUUGGUUCCAUUGCUUAAACAAGCUGGAGCUUUGUGGCUAUGAUCAUCAUUGUUUCUUGUUUUUGAUUAAUUAAUUAAUUACAGUAGUUACUUAGUCUUCAAUUUGGCUGGCUAAUUUCAUGAUGUAAUAUUGUUUUAGAUAAUUAAAUAUGCCACUGCCAAAAUUCACGGUUGCUCAUUAUCUAGAAUGUUUGGAUUUUA